AUGCCUACAAUAAAGAAAAUAUUGAUGUUCUUAUCUGGCUUUAUCACAAGCUUGGGAUCACUCAUAGUAAUUUGCUCUGUUCUUGGGACUCGAGAAUGGAUGAGCAGUACCAUUGCCAUCAGUGAGCCUUCUUCAAAUGGUAGUCUCGUUAUUACCUACGGACUCUUUCGUGGUAACAGUUUUCAAGAACUGGAUCAAGGACUUGCAGAACCAAGCAAAGAAUUUGGAGUUAUAGGGCAACUGAAUAAUUCUUCCCAAAAAUCUCUGCAUUUGGCGGUUAUGCUGUUCCUGGUUCUCAGUUUGCUCACUUCGCUGCUGAGCUGUGUGUUUACCCUCUACAACAGCAUCAGCAACCCCUACCAGACGUUCUUGGGACCAGUGGGGGUGUACACCUGGAGCGGACUCAGUGCAUUGUUAACUUUCGUGAGCAUGAUGCUGUUUGUGGGGAACAUACAAUCCAACCAUCUCUCGGAAGUGUUGGCCCAGGUGCUUUAUCCACUGUAUCCAAGAACCGCUUACAAAGGAACAUCCCACAGUUAUGGAUACUCAUUUUGGCUCCUGCUGCUCAUCAUUCUUCUAAACAUAGUCACUGUGGUCAUCAUCAUUUUCUACCAGAGGUCCAGACGCCAGCGGAAGCAGGAACAGAGGAAGCUGACGGAACAUGCUCCAAGGGAUGGAAUUUUAUUCUGAGUUCUGUAUUAUGCUCUUUUGUCAGUAGGUCUGCUCUAUUGUACAUCAGCUCCCCAAGCAGUAACUGGGCAGCUUGUCUGACAAUCAGGGUGGUAAAGUGCAGUCCUGGUUGACUAUCAUUUUGUGAUAGUUUUUCUAUCUCAUGACCCUACGUUCUUCAUAAAUGAUGUGCCCUUGGCAAGGGUUCUUCCCCCGACGGUGGGGAAGAUGAAAGGAAAGCUCUCUAGUCCAUGUAGCGUUCAAAGCGGUAGAGUGAUUAUGAGCCCAUGGACCCUGCCGACCCCGUCUCACCAUCUGAAAUAAUAAAGGUUUGUGUUGCACACCUUUCCUUUGAGAAGCUCAAAGCACUUUAGCACCUAUGAUCUUGUUCUCCUCAGGAAGAACCAGGUAUCUUUAUUCCACUCUGUGAACAAAGACUUCCAGGUACAGAGGGAUUCAGAACUCAUCUUUCCAGGACCAGGUGUUGGGGCAAAAGGUGAGACUUUGAGGUGAAUGAUCUGGUCCUCUGGACUCCUAGCUGCUGAUAUAGCUCAAACCCAAUGGGGGGUAGAAGUGCUGAUAUGUGACCCUCAAACCCAUUUUUGAGGUUCUAAGGUGAGGUUUUGUGUGUAAGAGAUUAGGAAGUGAGAAUAUCGAGGCAAGAUAAAAAUUAUAGCCCUGCAGCCUACAAGCUAAGGAGGCUAAAUGUAAUUUUGGUUUAAAAGGAUUGUGGUGAAUUCAGUCAAAAUGGAAAUGUAACAUUGCAACAAGUUCUAACAACCACCCCACCAACCAACCCUCUGCUCUGUCACUAUGGUGUAGACACGGGUGUAUCACCCAUCGACAGAAUCCUGCCCAGCCAGAGGCUGAGAAAGAACUGGGGUGAGCACCGUGGCUUGCAGGAUUCCCAGAGUCAUGGCCAGGGCAGAUGAAGAGCAUGGUGUGGGGUUGUCCUCUAAGAACAGGGGGGUGAAACUGGUUCAUGGUCUUAUGAGAAGACGAUGGGCAAACAGCAGAAUUUAAAAAGGCACCAGAAUGGAUUAGACCUACUUUACCAGUAGGAUAUUCCCCCAGAAAAUCACUUUCAGGAUCUUUUGGGCUUGAAUAUCCCAGAAGUCAGCCAAGUUGAACAUUGACAGGAUUCUGAAAUAAUCACUUUUCACAUCUUGAUGGAACCAAAGCCCAAUGGAGCAGAAUUCUCUUAGUGUAAUUUACAAAGCAGCAGCUCUUUGGAUAGAAAGAUAUAUAUCCUUUAUGAAGCUUUCAGGGAUUAAUGACCUUAUUAUUUUUUAACAAUCUAUCUUAGAAAUAAUAUUUUUCCUUUAAGAAGCAUAUCUUGAAUCCCUGCGAUGUAGUUAUCACCGUGCAAACCCAGGGGUCUGCCCCCACAGAGCUGUUGAGCAAUCAAGACAGACUUUAAAAAGUAGCCACUAAAUACCAUGUAAAACAGGUAUUUAGUCACAAAAUUGUGCUCAUUCUUUGAAAGGAAAGUUCUCUACAAGCUCCCACCCCAAAGUCCUACUACGUCAAGGUUACUCUAACAAAUUAACUUACUGUGAAACUUCGAACAUAUUAAAAAUCUAGUUAUCAACAAUGAAAGUUUCCUAAAUUCUUUGAAGCUAAAAAUGUUUAUGUUCUUUGAAGGUUUGAACUUUAUAUCAGGUUUUGAUAAUGUAGACAAGUAAUGAAGAGGAAACAGACACAGGUAACAAAUCCACACAAAUGAUGGCUAAACAGGCAGGCGCUGGCAUCCCGUGUCAGUGCAGAGGAUGCUGUAGAUGCAAGGACCACAUACAAUCAUCUCAGCAUCUGAGCAGAGCUUGGAUUAUUUAAGGGACAAACUAUGUUAAACCUUAUGCCACAGAUGGCCUUUAAGGAACCGUUUAAAACAGAGGAAUCAAGUAAAUGGAACUACUCUUCACAAUUCAGGAGAUGAAGAGAAUGGCUCCCUUAUUACAUCUGCAAGUGGAAGGUAAUGAAAGCACUUGUGUGUAUGCAGAGGAAAUCUUGUUAAGGAAGCAAAAAACUUGCCAACUGUUCACAGACGGAGGCAGCGCUGAGGAGCCCAGCUCAGCCUCCCUGCCCUGGCCUGUGAGAUGGGCCUGUUAGUGAAUGUUGUGGUUCAAUGGGGCUAACUGAUUUGUUUUUUCAAAGAAAAAACCGCCAUUGAAUAGCAGUUUGCUCUCCUAAACUACUUAAUGAAUGUGCAUUACAUUUGUUGUACUGGAACCACCUGAAACACUCUUCUGAAGGUCUAGACUAGUCUGUGGGGUUAGAAUGUGUCAGGGGUCAUGAUAUGACUCCCUAAUU